GCUUUUUGGGCUCGUGUCUUGAGGACCUGGCGCGCAAGGACUACCAUUCGCUGCGCGACUCGGAGAUCAAGGCCAACAACCCGGCCGACCUGGGCAGCCUCACCAACCUGACCGACGAGGUGGUGCGCAGCAAGCUGCUCGUGUCGCUGGCGCUGCUGGGCUCAGAGCAGCGCGAGGCGGCAGGAGUGCUGUACCGCACGCUCACGCACAUCGACUCGGUCAUCCACAACUACGGGCUGCAGCUCAACGAGGGCCGCACAGGCGAUGAGUUCCUGCUGCUUUUCACCAUGGCCUCCAACCACCCGGCCUUCAGCUUCCACCAGAAGCAGGUGCUGCGCCAGGAGCUCACGCAGAUCCAGAGCAGCCUGAGCAGCGGCCACGGCGGCGGCCACGGCGGGGGCAAGGGCGCACCCGGGCCCACCUGCCCGGCCUGCCACAAGAUCACUCCAAGGACUGAAACCCCCAUCAACAGUGUCAGUAAUAGUUUGGAAAAUGCACUACACACAUCAGCACAUUCCAUAGAGGAGUCGCUCCCCAGGAGGCCUUUAGGAAAACACUCCAAAGUGAGUGUUGAAAAGAUAGACCUGAAAGGAUUAUCACACAAAAAAAAUGAAAGAAAUGUUGAAUGUUCCUUUGAGGUCUUGUGGUCUGAUUCUUCAGUAACAUCAGUAACCAAAUCUUCCUCUGAAGUGACUGAAUUUAUUUCAAAGUUAUCUCAGCUGUACCCUGAAGAAAAUUUGGAGAAAUUCAUUCCUUGCUUAGCUGGCCCAGAUUCGUUUUAUGUAGAGCGAAACCACAUGGAUCUGGAAGCGGACCUGAGGUAUUUGGCUUCAUUGCCUUCUCAUGUAUUAAAAAACGACCAUGUUAAGAAAUUUUUCAGCACUUCAUCUCCCACCCAACAGCUUCAAAGUCCAAGUCCUGGCAACCCCUCCCUUUCUAAAGUAGGUACUAUGAUGGGUGUAUCUGGAAGGCCUGUAUGUGGAGUAGCUGGCAUCCCAUCCCCGCAGAACAGCACCCAGCACCACAUGCAGCACUCUGCCAGUGCGGCUGCCACCCUGCCCCACUGCGCCCAUCCUGCGGGUGCCGGCUCGGCGCUGACCUACCGAGCCCAGAUGGAUGCCUCGCCUGCCAUCCUGAUGUCUUCCAGUCUGCAGAGCCCUCAAACCCAGGAGCAAAAUGGGAUUUUAGAUUGGCUCAGGAAACUGCGUUUGCACAAGUACUAUCCCGUCUUUAAGCAACUCACAAUGGAGAAGUUUUUGAGCCUUACUGAAGAAGAUCUUAAUAAAUUUGAGUCCCUCACCAUGGGAGCGAAAAAAAAGCUCAAGACUCAACUAGAGCUGGAAAAGGAGAAGUCAGAGAAGCGGUGCCUGAACCCCUCAGCCCCACCCUCGGUCACCAGCAGCGGCGUGGCGCGUGUGCCCCCCACCAGCCACGUCGGGCCCCUGCAGCCUGUGCGCGGCAGCCAUGCUGCAGAGCUGCGGGUGGAGGUGGAGCCGCCGGCUCACCAGGUGCCCCGGGAAGGCAGCUCCUCAGAAUACUCCAGCUCCUCGUCCAGCCCGAUGGGGGUGCAGGCCCGGGAGGAGAGCUCGGACAGUGCUGAGGAGAACGACAGACGUACUGAGGUCCACCUGGAGGUCUCUGAGAAGGAGAAGCCAGUGAUGCUGCUGAACCACUUCCCUUCCAGCUCGGCCCGCCCCACAGCACAGGUCCUCCCUGUGCAGAACGAGGCGGGCUCCAGCACAGCAGGCCACCACGCCUUGCCCCCACAGAUGAUGCCCACAGCCUCCCACCUCGCGCCCAUGCGGCUGCUGAGCUCCGUCCACAAAGCGGAGCGAGGUGCCACGGACGUGAAGCUGCUCUCGGCUUCCAUGCACUCACUCUUGUCUCUAGAAGAAAGGGGCAAAGUCUCUGGAGCAAGAAGCAGCGUCAAAGUGGAUAAGGGCUUUGGGAACGCCCUGAUGGAUGUGCUGCCUGCACCCGCUCCCCACCAGCCCGUGCAGGUCCUCGCCGCCGUCCCCGAGGGCAGCUCCCUGUCCCCCACUGUCUCCUUUGGUCCCCGGGCCAAAGUUGUGCACGCCUCUGCACUGGACCGGGUGAUGAAGACGGCCCAGCAGCCCACCCUGGUGGUGGACACCAGCACUGCGGCCACAGGCACCUCAAGCUCUGUCUUCCAGGUGGCUCGGCCGCCCAUCAAGCUCCUGGUGUCCUCAUCAGUCCCUGCGGACUCGGCCGUCUCUGGGCAGACUUCCUGCUCCAACAGUGUGCAGAUAAGUGUGCCCCCUGCAAUAAUCAACCCCCGGACUGCUCUGUACACAGCCAACACCAAAGUUGCCUUCUCUGCAGUGAGCAGUGUGCCUGUGGGCCCAAUGCAAGGCAGCUUCUGUGCAAACAGCAACACUGCCUCUUCCAGUAGCCACCCGUCGACUUCGUUUGCAAACAUGGCAAAUUUGACCAGCUGCCCAGCCCCCAGCCCCAGCCCCACACUUUCCUCGGUUCCUGAGAAUAGUUUCUACAGCAGCAGCAGCGGCUCCACGGGAAAUAUUCCCGCUUCCAGUCAAAACCACCACCACCACCACCACCAUCAGCAGCAGCCGGCGCCACCGCAGCCUGCACCACCACCACCCGGCUGCAUCGUCUGCACGUCCUGUGGGUGCAGCGGGAGCUGUGGGUCGAGUGGCCUGACGGUCAGCUACGCCAACUACUUCCAGCACCCGUUUUCAGGGCCGUCUGUGUUUACGUUCCCCUUCCUGCCCUUCAGCCCCAUGUGCAGCAGUGGCUACGUGGGCACCCAGCAGUAUGGCGGGGGCGCCGCUUUCCCGGUGGUCCACUCCCCGUACAGCGGCAGCCUGGCUGCAGACUCCGUGCUGGGUGGGCAGUCCACGUUCGCUGUCCCCCCGAUGCAGAACUUCAUGGCAGGCUCAGCUGGCGUCUACCAGACCCAGGGGCUACUGGGCAGCAGCAAUGGCUCAAGUCAUAAAAAGAGUGGGAACCUCUCUUGUUACAACUGUGGGGCCACCGGCCACCGGGCUCAGGACUGCAAGCAGCCGUCCAUGGACUUCAACCGGCAAGGUACUUUUAGGUUGAAAUAUGCCCCUCCAGCAGAAAGUCUGGACUCCACAGAUUGAUUAUUUUUCUCUGGCAACAGAACAUUAUUAAGCCAUGGAGUCAUGAGGAAAAUUAAAUACAAAACUGAGCAGUCUAGUUGCUGUUGAGCUUAAUAUUUUUAAUCCAAAGGUGCUUUACUUUACUAGACUGAAUAGAAAACCUAGCUUAGGAGUGCAUCAAACUCAAUUUUAUUGCCAAAACCCGAGUUUGGAGCUUGCUGUCAGGACUUGCCUAGUGGGUGUCUCCAUGGUUGGUGAAGUUUGCCACCAGUGUCUGUGGUGGCAGUGCAGGAACCUCCCACCUCUGAAGAGCACAGCCAUGACGGGCCCUCUAGGCUGACACACAGCUCCAGGGCAGCUACAUGCGACCUGAACCGAGGACUGAAGGUUGACGUUUUCCAAGUGGAGUUUCACCAGUUGGAGUCUUGACACCCCUGGUUAGGUAAAAUGUCUACUUUUGUUGUUGUUGUUCCCUAAAAUGGUUAGGCACUGAUCUCUGGGAUUUUCAAGGAUUGCACUACAGAAGAAUGUAGAAUGAGGUGGAUCUCUGCAGUUCUGGGAGACAGACCUCCUCUGAGACCAGCCAGUGCAAGAGCUGAGUUGUCCAUCCGGAUCAAAGAGCUGGCACCAGAAGGCAAUGAGACUUCCGAAACCACAGAGAUGUAACUAUUUCCCUCCCUCCUCAAACACUUGUAGCAGUUUCAGGUUUCUAAUUUUUUUUUUUUUCUGCAAAUAAAUUUAAUUAUUCAAUAGGAAUAGUUUACUUGCAACAACUUAAUUUCUAAGGGUCCAAGUCCCAGAGAAUCCAGUCAUCAGGCUCUGAGAACCCCUCCCUUCCAGCCCUGCAGUAGCUGUGAGUCCUGUUUUCUUCCAGCACGAACAAGCUCUUCCAGAGACACAGUAACACCGACCUCUGGGGCGCAUUGGCCCUGACGGAUGCAACACAUCCUUGGCCGAGUUUGCAAUUUGCUUUCUCCAACACGGACUCGCACCCCCAAGGCUGCCUGCUAAGGCAUCACAUUUGAGACAUUUCAACAAUAAGACAACCCUAUAAUUUACAAACAAGAGUUAAAUUUUUUCCUGUCAACUCUUUUGUAUUAGACUGUGUAUUACUAGUUAAUUCCGUUAAAAUUACCUGGAAAACUUCAGUGGAAAGUAGACUUUGAAAGAGACCACACAACAAAAUAGUAUUUGUAGAAGUCUAGUGUUAUUAUUAAGAUAGGAAAUAAAGUCUUCACCAUAGAUCUCUAAAUUUCAACCCACUGUAAUGAUGAAAGCUUUUUAGUCUGAAAUUUAGGGAUUUAAAUCUUCAAGGUUGAAGGGAAUUUUCUGCUAAAAUAGUUAUUUAAAAUUCUAAAGCUUUCAAUAUUAAAAUAUUGAUCGGUAAGGUUUUGCCAGCGAUUUCCCAGUUUUUAUUUAAAAAAGAAGAAAAUCUCUAUACUCUCCCACCACUCAUGAAAUGGGACAGUCAGCCUCAUGCAAAAUUGGUACAAAUCAAAAGAAUAGAAUUGGAGGCAUUGUGAUGUGAGGCCUCAGAUGUUGAGACGCGUUUCCUGGUUUCGUGGAAACGAAAGCAGAACGUUGUUAACAUUUUUUAUGAAAGGCUUUUAGUAGAGUUUUAUUUUCGUAGCGUUUCAUUUCUAUGCAAUGCAGAAUUGACAGAACCUGCAUUCCAAUCCCACUCGUGGCACCCAGUAUUACACAUGGCUCUGAAGUAAUGGUGACACAACAGCUAUUUUGGGGAAUGUUACAUUGAUCUCUUAAAAAAUUAUAAAAACUACAAAAUGUCAAAAUAAUGAAAACUGACACAACUUUGCCUUAAAGAGUACUGGACUGGAGCUUAUCCUGUUCUGUUAAAGAAAGACUUGGAGUGCUCACUGCUGUUUACGAUUCUAAUAUUUCUGAAGGCUGUCACAGUGGCCUGGAUAUGUGCUGAAAGCCAAACUUUUAAAUUUUUUGUUUUUUUAAAUGAAGACAUAUUUUAAAUAAAUCCUGUUUCAACACAGUGAAAUUGUUGAAAACUGUCUCUUAACAAAAGAAAACAAUCAUAUUUAAGUUUUUAUUUAGUGGCAGUAUUGGGGCAUGAAAGUGUCUGUUGUUACCCUUAUAGAACUACUCUGAUGAAUGCUAGCAGCUCAUCAACACAUUAAACCCACAGUUUUGAUUUGAAGGAUAACGUUCAGAACCGAGGUCAAGAAGUUUAGACGUUGUGGCUGUGUUCCAGUCAUCAGAGGUCUUAGAAAUUUCAGCUUGUCUUUUGAAAGUGCAUGUGUGGUAUGAUGUCUCCAACAAGGCUGUUCAGUCAAGAACCAUGAGAUACAAAUACGUGCUAUACGGUACAGAAAAUAAUUCAACUGCUGAUAUUUGAAGUCUUUUCCUAAAUGAGUCCCACACUUGGACUUCAGAGUAUUUGCUAGCAGUAUUAUCUGACGAAUUUCUCUCCACAAGUCACUGGAGUCGGUAAGCCUAAAGAGCAUUUCAGUCAUCAGAAGACACCAUAGCCAGUUGAAGACACAGAUCACGCGGUCCUCUCAUGCACUCCCUGAAAUGGUGAUCUGUUCAGAUGCUGCAGCAGUCGGUGUGGCACCACCUACGCAUGUGCCCCUGAGCAGGGCGUACAGUAAAAGUUCUCGCCCGUGUUUUAUCUCCAAGAAUGGGGAGAAUCGAAUGUACAGAUCGAAGUAGAACACAAUGUCAGGAUAAAACAACUGUUUAGUCUUUUUUUGUUGUUUUUUUUCUUUUUUUUUUAAGCAAAACGCUCAAUUUUCUACCUUACUUGUAAUUUUUAUUUCAUGGUAAUACAGAAAAUUGGAAAGUGUUUAAGCGUUAAAACUCCUAAUUGCUAAAGAGCACUGAGGAAAUGGGAGCUAGCACUUAUAUUGGAAAUAAAGACAAACACUGUUCUUGAAAGAAUAUGUGAUUGGGUAUUAAAAACCAGCAUCUAUAAUCUCCACAAGACUACACUAGGAGUCAGCUUGUUAAUAUAGUAUUAGUUCGUAAGUUCAUUAUUUUAAUUCAGUAUUUUAGAAUUCUAGUUUCUUUAUUGCAAGAAGUCAACAGUUAGUUUACACUACAAACUAUGUACCGAGGCACAGUAGCAGUGUAGUAACUUUGCCUAAAGUUACAGCUGUCAUAUACCGUUUCCUGUUGGGAGCACAGUCCACAUUAGCUUCCACUGUGAUGAGCACUGGCCGAGGGGCGUUGGGUGGCUCCCUCCUAAUCCGUCACCCCCUCCUCACUCUUCCUGUGUUAGUGGCGUUCCAUUUUACGCCAUGCUAGUUUUGCAUACUAGUAGCUGGUGGCAUUGCACAUUGAAGUAUUAGGGUUGUCAGGGAGAUGCCUCGCUGCUCACCUGUCCAGCACCCAGAGCUGCCCUGUGGGACAGGAGCGGCCGGCUGGUCUCCAGCACAGGGAGCUCCUAAAUAUCUGAGUUGGGGGACGAUAAAAGCCAUGGGUUCCAAAGAGGCUGAGCAGCUAAGUCCCAAGGGUCUGAGUGAAAGAGGGCGUCUUUCAUCAACACUCGCAAUACUCUAGAAAACUACAUACUGUGCUGGUUGAGGCCAAAGGUCAAUGUUACUACACUAUUCACCGAGGGAGGGGAGCAAAGGCCAUCAGUCCCCAGACACAACUUUGUGUGUAAUAAGCCCUCAUUAUGUUUUUUUUAAAAAAGAUAUAUGUGUAAGUUCUUACAUGCACAAAAAGAUAAAAGGCUUUGGUACUGAAAACCUUGUGUACUCAAGAAUCUUUACAGCUUCUAUUGGACAUAUUUUCUUUUUAGGAAUGAAGGAAAAUUCUCCCAUUUUUGAGCCAUUCUUUUGUCAAUUCUACAAAAUUGCAUGUAACUUUAUAAAUAUUUUUAAAAGAUAUAGUUUUGUAAAUAUUUAAUAUUCUGCUAAUUUGAUUUUGAAUUGUAAAUGUCAAGUAUUCUGUUUUUGGGGUUUUUAUGUUUUAUUAUACUUUGUUAAAAAGGAAAAAUUGUACAUUUUUAGAAUGUUUUUAUGAGUAAAUUUAAUGUACUGAAAAUAAAAAUUUAAAAAAAGGCUUAGUGCUUCAUUUCAUUAGGUUUUUGUCUGAUAGAAUACAAAGGGCAUAUCUUUUUAAUUAAAUUCAAUUCUUGAUCUCCAGACUUAGGGGUUUAGUUCUUCCUCCUUUAUGCCUAGAUUGGUAAAAGGGACACCUGGUCUAGAACCCAUUUGUUGUCUUAUCAAGGUUCCCAGUGUUUUGUUUUUCUUAACUGUCCUUGCUAAUAUAAAUGUUAAUUCUCGAUUUUGGGUUAAAGAUGCUGCUAUAGGUUCCAUAAAAAUCCAGGUUGAUGGUAAUACAUUCGCUCCACCGUGGACAUGUACUGAGGCAGGCUUUUUCCAGGAGGAAGCACCCUCUUAGGGUUUUAGACCUAGAAAACUGAGGGUAGCUAUGUGGUGCAAGAUAACAAGGAGCCACACCUACAUAGCAUCUAAAAUCCUUUUUCUGUAUUUGGGUAGGUUGCAGUCUAAAGACGCGUUUGUCCAGGACUGAGGGUGUUCUUAUAAGCUGCGUGCCAGGCACCAGAGGUAGAAUUCUGGCGCUUUCUACCCAACCAGGAGACCUCUUGGUCUUGGUCAAGUCUGUGUUUAGGACAAGAGUGCAUGCAUGGGCACACAAUUCCAGGCACAGGUGGGGCUGCUGUCAGAUCAAUGAGAUCAGAGAGAAGCUGGCCUCUCCUUUUGGAAGCAGUCCUGGUCACUCUGAUAGGAUGGCCUCCUUCAGGUGACCCAGAGGCUCAAGGGCCUCUGGGUCACCUAAAGGAGCUGUGCUGGCCAGGAGCAGCAGGAAGACUGGUGUAACUCAACACGUUACUGAACAGCUGACUCUGGAGAGCAGUGUUUCCUCAGCCUCCAGUAUUAAGAGCUGGCUUAAGUUUAAGUUGAAUCCAGAAUUUGCUAAGUGGGCAAUGCUGGCUACUACUAGUCUGGUCUCAGCCUGCAGGUACAUCAUUAAGUACACUUACACCACAGCAUUACCGAAUAACAGCAGCUCCCACAGUGUCACGGGAGGCUCCAGAAACCAUGUGAUGCUGACAAGUGCACGCACACUUUGUCAAUACUUUUACUUCGUUGUUGGUUCAGAGCAGUAGUUUUCAAGUGUUGACUUCUCCAAGAACCCGUAGGUCCCACACAUCUACCCUCCUCAUACUCUGUGGCAUGUUGACAAAGUUCUCGGGAGAGUUUUUGUCAAGGCAUAACCUGGUGCAGGGCCUCAGGCAGUAAGGAAGGAGCCCUGACCAGAUGCAGGUUGCAGAAACACUGACUACAAGUGCAAUGUGCUCCAGCACCGCAAAACUAGCUGAAGCGCUCAUUAGGAAAGUACGAACAGUGCGUAGGACUGUAACCUCAGAAACACUAACCCCAUUAAAUGGAGCUUUGAUGACAGUUUUUCAUUGUGCCUUUAUUCACCUUAGUUCAUUAAAAAUGUUUCAAAGAUCCUAUAAACAAAAUGACCACCUGCUAAUGUCAUGUGGGAUAUAAAUCACCCCUCUCAGCAUGGUUCCCCCCCCCCCAAAACAGUU